AUGGCUCGCAUUCUCGUCACCGGAGGCAGUGGAUUCCUUGGCGGCGUGCUGAUCGACACGCUUCUCGCCCGCGGCCACUCGGUCGUCACUACCGUGCGCUCGCUCGAAAAAGCAGAGUCACUACAGGCCCAACGCCCCGGAAUCUCCACCGCUCGACUAGACUACAAGAUUGUGGAAGAUAUCGCUCAGAUUAACGCCUUCGAUGACGCAGUCGUAUGCGACCCGCCUUUGUCGGCUGUCAUCCAUACAGCUAGUCCCUUCCACUACAGUAUUGAGAAUGUCAAGCGCGACAUGCUCGACCCAGCGGUCAAUGGCACCGUCGGGGUCCUUCAAUCCGUGUACCGCUAUGCGCCCACUGUGGAGCGUGUUGUCAUCACAUCCUCCUUUGCCGCGAUGUAUAAUCCGACGAAGGGCGCCGGAUCCAAAUAUUCGGAGGCGGAUUGGAACCCCGUCACCUGGGACGAUGCUGAAAGCCCGGCCAAUGCACAGGGCCAAUCGGGGUACCGGACCAGUAAGGCCCUGGCGGAAAAGGAAGCCUGGGCAUUCAUGGAGAAAUACCAUCCGCGGUAUACCUUGACCGUGUUGAAUCCGUCGUUGAUUUUGGGGCCUGUCUCACUGUCUCUCGCGUCACUGGAGGAGGUCAACACAUCCAACCAACGGAUCCGCGAUUUUAUGACCGGAGCAGCUCGGGAGCGGUGCCCGCCUACCGGCAGUCAGUUUUGGGUGGAUGUGCGUGAUGCAGCGCUGGCGCAUGCCGUGGCGGCGGAACGCCCAGGGGUCGCAGGGAAGCGCUUUUUCCUCACCGCAGGCACCUUUUGUAACGUCCAGAUUGUAGACGCCAUCGGGCGUGCGUUUCCGGAACUGCAGUCGGCAUUGCCCCGCGGGGAUGCGUUAAAGCUCGGCAAUUACCCUCCGGGUGGUCCACCCUAUGGCUACGACAACUCGGCCUCCAUUAAAGAGUUUGGAUUGACGUAUCGAAGCCUGGAUGAGAGUGUGGUGGACACCGUCAAAAGCCUGAUGGCGAUCCAACAAGCGGCACCUCAAUCAGACUAG